CCAAUCUCUCUAGAAUUCAGCCUCAAUGAACAAUACCCGGCACAACUCAACAGGCGUCUACAAAAGCUAUGGCCUCUGCCUCAGGUUCCCUCCUAAGGUUCAUUCAUUGGGAUUAUGGGAAAACAAAGACCCCUUCACAUAUUCAGUCCCUGCCUUGGAGGUACAAAUGGUGGUCAUUUUUGUCCUCACCCACCUCCUCCAUUACCCCCUCAAGCGCCUUGGCAUUCCCAAGCUUUUCUCUGAAAUUAUGGCUGGUAUAAUCCUUGGACCUACACUACCCAAGAAGUUCAGGGAUCUAACAAAGAGGUUGUUUCCAAUAGACACCCAAGGAGUGAUCGGUACAUUGACACUGUUCGGUUACAUGCUUUUUAUGUUUCUGGUGGGAGUGAAAAUGGAUUUGAGCAUUGUAAAUACAACUGGAAAAAAAGCAUUUGCAGUAGGCAUUCUAGCCCUCGUGGUCCCCUUCAUGGUUGGUAAUAUGACCUCCCAAGUGCUCCUAAAAGAAUUCAUAAGAGACAAGGACGAUGGUUCAACAGCUAGUCUACUAUUUGUUUCCGGUUUACAAUCCGUGAGCCCAUUUGUUGUCGUGGCUAUGCUUCUCAAAGAGCUCAAAAUCCUCAAUUCAGAGCUCGGUCGGUUAGCACUAGCCUCAUCUCUCUCCAGUGAAGUACUAGGCAUAUCUCUUGCGUUCAUAAUGAAUACGCUUAGGUCUUUCAUGGAAGACCAUUCGUUAUCAAGCGCACUUCAGCGCGUUGGAUUGAUUAUUUGUUUCAUUCUUGUUGUCAUUAUCAUCAUUCGGCCUGCAAUGCUAUGGAUCGUCAAACAGACACCAGAAGGAAGGCCUGUCAAGGAUUCAUACAUUUACUCUGUCAUUCUGCUUAUUUUACUCGCUGGUGCAUUUACUCACUGGAUUGGAGAAUUUCCUAUAUUGGGUCCUUUUAUCAUCGGAUUUGCUGUACCAGAUGGACCGCCACUGGGGUCCACAUUGGCUGAUAAGCUCGAUUCCUUUGUUUCCGGUCUGUUUAUACCACUUUUCAUGACCUUGAUCUCAUUGAGGGUGAAUCUGCAAGCCAUCGAUCUGUCUAACCCGUAUGCGAUUUCUAUUGUUGUCCUCAUCAUUGUGGUUUUCUUGGCGAAGGUUGUUGUGUGUAUCAUACCUGCAUGUAUUUGCCGAGUGCCCUUCAAGGAUGCUCUAGCCUUGGGCCUCAUCAUGAGCUCUAAAGGCAUCGUUCAAAUGUCCUUCUACAGCUUCUUCAGAGAUGAUCAGGCAUUCAAUGAGGAGACGUUUGCAUUGCUUGUGACUAGCACAGCAGUGGCAUCAGUGGUUGUUCCACUCUUGGUAAAACAACUCUACGAUCCAUCGCAGAAAUAUGCAGGCUACCAAAAAAGAAGCAUCAUGCAUUCCAAACAAGGUGGUGAGAUACGUAUAGUCAUGUGUAUCCACAGGCCAGACAACAUCCUGGCUUUCCUCAACCUCAUCGACAUCUCCUGUCCGACCAAAGAAAGCCCUAUGAUGGUUUAUGCCCUUCACCUAAUCGAGCUCCACGGUCGAGCUCAUCCCCUCUUCAUCGCUCACGAAAAUCAUCAAAAUCCCGAAGAAAGCCCCUACUCCGGCGAUGUGGUCUACGCUUUCGAUCGCCACGAGAGAAGGCACAAAGGCAGCAUCUGCGCACUGGCCUUCACGGCAAUUUCUCCGCGAAAACUAAUGCACGAAGAUAUAUGUACUCUUGCUCUGAACAAAACUGCUUCCCUAAUAGUGAUCCCAUUUCACCGAAAAUGGGCGGUUGAUGGGACGGUUGAGUCGGAAGAUUUUGAGCUGAGGUCAGUUAAUUGUAAAAUCCUUGACAUGGCUCCUUGUUCUGUUGGGAUCCUAGUUGAUCGUGGUCGCCAUCAGGGGGACCUCUCACAGCAGCAGCAGCAACGUGUGGCUGUGAUCUUUUUCGGGGGGAGCGAUGACCGUGAGGCAUUGUUUUACGCCAAACGAAUGGCAAAGAGUAGGACCUCGGGCAUCGGACUAACCAUGGUUAAUUUCAUUCCCAUGGUAUGUGAAGCUUCUGAUGAGGAGAAAAAGCUAGACUCUGAGGUGUUGAACGAGUUUACGAACGUUGGUGGGGAGGAAGUGGUUUACGUGGAGGAGGUAGUGAAAGAUGGGGCGGAAACCGCGUUGAUAGUAAGGGAAAUGGUGGACGAAUUCGACCUUAUAAUCGUGGGGAGACAUUGGGGUGUGGAGUUUCCACAGACGUCGGGGUUGAAAGAGUGGAGUGAGUUGCCGGAGAUGGGAGUGAUCGGAGACAUUCUUUCGUCGUCGGAUCUCAAGGGUAGAGCAUCUGUGCUGGUGGUGCAGCAACAGAAAACCACUGCCUAAAACUGUGAUGGAAGGUGCAACUUUUAUCAAUGUUUAAAGGCCCAUUUUGGUCUUCUGCAGUGGUCCUGUGAAACUUGUAAACUCUCAAAUUACAUAGCACUGGAUGAGAUGUAUUUUGCUAGAAUUGUGUUUUGUAUGCUAACAUAUUUUAAGUGCAAAUAGAUGUGAGGAUACUACAAAUGUCUUGAUUGAAAGAAAAGGAAGGAAGAGUACAAUAAGUUGGAUCAAUGUGUAUGAAUAUGAGCCUUUUAUUCUGCAUAAAGGAAGGAAAAGCAAUUGUAUG